UUCAUCAUUCUCUCUCCUCCGUCUCUCGUCUCUUUCAUUUCUUACGAUGGCACCUAUAGGAAAGCUUUGGGGACCUCCCGGUCACGCUCUGGCCAAGCGUGUGCGAGCAGUUGCCGCGUUCGCUGGCCUCGAGUACGAAACUCCCGAGUAUGUUCAUUUCCAAACAAACCUGACGCCUGAAUUCAAGUCGAAGUUCCCGUUGGGGAAGAUUCCCGCUUGGGAGGGUAACGAUGGUGUCUUGCUGUCCGAAACAACUGCGAUCGCAAGGUAUUUCGCCUAUCUCGCUCCGAACUCUGGCCUGCUCGGCACCGACGCCAAGUCCGAGGCUCUCGUGGAGCAAUGGGUCUCCCUCGCGGACAAGGAGAUUCAGAGCCGCAACGGCCUGAUUUUCCAGAUCUGCACCGGCAAGAUCGUGCCCUAUAACAAGCCCAUCCACACCCACUUCGUCGAGGAGCAGCUCCGCGCGUUCGACGUCGUCGAGAAGCACCUCGCCACCCGCACCUUCCUCGUUGGCGAGCGGAUCACCCUCGCCGACAUCACUCUCGCUUCCGCGACCGCCACCGCGAUCUACGUCACCCUCGAUGCUCCAACGCGCGCCAAAUACCCCAACACCAUUCGCCACCUCGAGACGGUCGCGUACAACCCCAAGCUCGCGUCCACAUUCGGCGAGCUGAAGUACGCGGAGAAGGCUAUGCAGUACGUGGCCCCGCCGAAGGAGAAGAAGGAGCCCAAGCCUCAGGCGGAGCCGAAGCCUAAGGCUGAAAAGAAGAAGAAGGAAGCCGAGGAGGAGGAGGAGGAUGACGAUUUGGUGCCGAAGGAGGAGCCCAAGGCGAAGAACCCGCUCGACCUCCUCCCCAAAUCUUCCUUCAACCUCGAGGACUGGAAGCGCGCUUACUCCAACAAAGACACUCGCGGCCCCGGCGGUUCGCUUGAGUGGUUCUACGAGCAUUUCGACCCGGAGGGUUUCUCCAUCUGGCGUGUCGACUUCAAGUACAACGAAGAGCUCACCCAGACCUUCAUGUCCUCCAACCAGAUCGGCGGCUUCUUCAACCGCCUCGAGGCGUCCCGCAAGUACCUCUUCGGCUCCAUGGGUGUGCUUGGCAAGACGAACGACUCGAUCAUCACCGGCGUGCUCAUCGCUCGCGGGAAGGACAUCAAGCCGGUCGUGGACGUCGCUCCCGACUGGGAGAGCUAUGCGUACGCGCCGAUCGACCUUUCCGACGCGUCGCAGAAGGCUUUCUUCGAGGGCGCGUUGGCCUGGGACUUGGAGGUUGACGGUAAGGCGUGGGUCGAUGGUAAGAACUUCAAGUAAGGUUUUGCCGGGGGUGUAUCAGAAAACUUUCGGAAGUCUCCUGUUGUUGUACACUGUCCAUCGAUGCUGUGUAUUGCUGUAGCAUGUUAUCAGACGAUAUUGAUUGUGCCCACACAACAAUCGCC